AUGAGACAAUCACACCAGCUGCCCCUAGUGGGGCUCCUAUUGUAUUCUCUUAUCCCAAGCCAACUAUGCAAGAUCUGUGAGGUACACAAAGAAAACUACUCCUGUCUAAACCCUCUGAUAAGAACAAUGAUUAAUUCAAAACAUACCAGAGGAAUCCAAGAUGCCAAUGUCCUUUUGUCCUUCAGACUUGUUGGGAUCCAGAAACAAGACGUAGAACAACAGCUGAUCCAACACAUCAAAGACAAAGUGGCAAGGAAAGGGUCAGAUUUAACUUCAGGACAGCUUGCCUUGAUUACAUUGGCUCUGGGAGAAUGUCAAAACCCUGAUAAAAAGUUUAUAGAUGAUUAUCACCUAGUCAGCCAACUAGAAAAGAAAUUCCAAGAAGAAAUUGAAAAUAUGGGAGCACACAAUGGCAAGCCACUGACUAACUACUAUCAGCUGAGCCUGGAUGUUUUGGCCUUGUGUCUGUUCAAUGGAAGCUACUCAAUCCCCAAAGUUGCUGAACUCUUUGAUCCUGAAAAUAAAAACUAUUAUUUUGGUGGUCAGUUCUCAGUAGAUACUGGUGCAAUGGCUGUACUGGCUCUGACCUGUCUGGAGAAGAAUGUAACGAAUGGGCAGAUCAAAAUAGAUAGCAAGGACUUAGAGUGUAUCGAUAAUCAUAUAAAAUCACUGGUAAAAAAGAUUCUGUCUGAGAAAAAAGAAAAUGGUCUCAUUGGAAACAUAUUUAGUACAGGAGAAGCUAUGCAGGCUCUCUUUGUCUCAUCAAACUAUUACAACGAAAGUGAAUGGGAUUGCCAACAAACUCUGGACACAGUGCUCAAGGAAAUUUCUCAUGGAACAUUCAGUAUUCCAACUGCUGCAGCCCAGAUCUUUCCUGCCCUGAUCGGAAAGACCUACUUGGAUGUUAACAAAGACUCUCCAUGUUCAAAUAACUUCAACAUCUCCACUUGUGAGUCUGUGACACCUACUGACUCACCUUCAAAUAUCUCAGUCCAUUACUCCGUGAAAAUCAAUGAAACAUAUUCCACCAAUGUCACCGUGCUAAAUGGUUCAUUCUUCCUAGAUGUGAUGACAGAAGCUCAGAAAAUAAAUGAGACUAUAUUUAGUUUCACAAUGGUGGAGACCUCAUGGGGGCCCUACAUCACUUCUGUUCAGGGCCUAAGUGCCAACAGUAGUAAAAGAACCUACUGGCAACUUCUAAGUGAAGGCAAACCGCUGAGCCAAGGAGCUGGUAGUUAUCUUGUCCAUGAUGGAGAAAAUCUGGAGGUUCGCUGGAGCAAAUACUAAUAAAAUCAAACCUUCCUCAGCAGGAUCUAAUCCUUUUGCAGUGGAAAUUCCACGUGGAGAUUGGCCUCAUGCCUUCCUUUUCCUUUAUCACAAUCCCAACAGGAAAGUCAAUAAC